AUGGGCCGGGCCCGGCCGGGCGAGCGCGGGCCGCCCAGCCCCGGCCCCGCCGAGCCGCCCGCUCCCCCGCCGCGCCGCGGCCGCAUCCUGGCGCUGCUCGGAGCGCUGUUCGCCGCCGCCGCGGCCGCCGCCGCCGCGCGGGCCUUCGCCCGCCACUCCGAGGCCCAGGCGGCUGGGAGGCAGGAUUCAGCACUGAAAGCCCUGGGGACAGAAGGCCUCUUCCUCUUUUCCUCCCUGGACACUGACCAGGACAUGUACAUCAGCCCUGAGGAGUUCAAGCCCAUCGCCGAGAAGCUGACAGGGUCAACUCCUUCGGCCAGCUACGAGGAGGAGGAGCUGCCCCCUGACCCCAGUGAGGAGACACUCACCAUAGAAGCGCGAUUCCAGCCUCUGCUCCCAGAGUCCAUGACCAAGAGCAAAGAUGGGUUCCUGGGGGUCUCCCGCCUGGCCCUGUCCGGCCUCCGCAACUGGACCUCCGCAGCCUCACCAAGUGCAGUGUUUGCCGCCCGCCACUUCCGGCCCUUCCUUCCCCCUCGAGGCCACGUGGAGCUGGGCGAGCCCUGGUGGAUCAUCCCCAGUGAGCUGAGCGUCUUCACCGGCUAUCUGUCCAACAACCGCUUCUACCCACCACCACCCAAGGGCAAGGAGGUCAUCAUCCACCGGCUCCUGAGCAUGUUCCACCCUCGGCCCUUCGUGAAGACCCGCUUUGCCCCUCAGGGGGCCGUCGCCUGCCUGACCGCCAUCAGUGACUUCUACUACACCGUGAUGUUCCGCAUCCACGCCGAGUUCCAGCUCAGUGAGCCGCCCGACUUCCCCUUCUGGUUCUCACCAGCUCAGUUCACCGGCCACAUCAUCCUCUCCAAAGACGCCACCCACGUCCGCGACUUCCGGCUCUUCGUGCCCAACCACAGGUCUCUGAAUGUGGACAUGGAGUGGCUAUACGGGGCCAGUGAGAGCAGCAACAUGGAGGUGGACAUCGGCUACAUACCCCAGAUGGAGCUGGAGGCCAUGGGCCCCUCAGUGCCCUCUGUGAUCCUGGACGAGGACGGCAACAUGAUCGACAGCCGCCUGCCCUCGGGGGAGCCCCUCCAGUUUGUGUUUGAGGAGAUCAAGUGGCAGCAGGAGCUGAGCUGGGAGGAGGCCACCCGGCGCCUGGAGGUGGCCAUGUACCCCUUCAAGAAGGUCACCUACCUGCCGUUUACCGAGGCCUUUGAGCAAGCCCAGGCCAAGAACAAGCUGGUGCACUCAAUCCUGCUGUGGGGGGCCCUGGACGACCAGUCCUGCUGAGGUUCAGGGCGGACUCUCCGGGAGACUGUCCUGGAAAGUUCGCCCAUCCUCACCCUUCUCAACGAGAGCUUCAUCAGCACCUGGUCCCUGGUGAAAGAGCUGGAGGACCUGCAGAACAACCAGGAGAACCCAUCCCACAAGAAGCUGGCUGGCCUGCACCUGGAGAAGUACAGCUUCCCCGUGGAGAUGAUGAUCUGCCUGCCCAAUGGCACCGUGGUUCACCACAUCAACGCCAACUACUUCUUGGACAUCACCUCCAUGAAGCCCCAGGACAUCGAGAACAAUGUCUUCAGCUUCUCGUCCACUUUUGAAGACCCGUCCACAGCCACAUACAUGCAGUUCCUGCAGGAGGGCCUUCGCCGCGGCCUGCCUCUCCUCCAGCCCUAGUGUGCCCGCCUGGCCCAGCCAUGAGAAGCCAGGCUGGACGGGGGCCGCUCGGCCCCUCUGCCCCGAGGUCCUCACACAUUUCACACGGCAGGCCCUCCCACUGCACCUGUCAGGCGCCUGUGGGCCCGGGGUCAGCCAAGGGUGGCAUCCGAGCUUUGCCUCAAUGAUGAGGAGACAAGGGAUCUUGGGCUGACCAGGUGGGGGGAUCUCUAGCUCCAGCUGCCAACAUCAGCUUUUUACUGCCUGCCUGGCUCCAGAAGCUGCUCAGGGGCCCCCAAGCAGGGCCUGGGGGCAUCUCCCUGGACCACACCCACUCAGGCAUAUGGCCCAGGCCCUUGAGGGGUAAACAGGAGGAAAGAGUGGGUGCUGGGAAGAAAGGGCCACCUCUCUCUCCUAACUCUCCCCUCUCCCAGAAGAAACAUCCAGAAGCCCUGGCCUGGGGGUGGGGGAGGCUAUCAAGGAAGCACUCCUGUUUGUCUGGAGCCUUCUUGCCGUAGCCCUGGCUCCGUCCUGUGCCAGUGGGGUCGGUCUUAGGGGAGAGAACCUUCUGGAAGCUGCAGGACGGAACCCUCCUUCAGAAGGGGAGGUCACACUGUGCCCCUGUUGCUCCCAAGAUGGUUCAUGUGCGACCUGAUGACAGGACCCCAGAACCUAUUUUAGGACUUGCUGGAGGCCAGCUCUCUGGGGGAGGUUUACUGUGAAGUAGGCUCCUUGGCACGGAGUCCGCGGUGGCCCAGGACCACAGCAGCCCUACCACCCACCCUAGCGCAGGUCACAGUAGGACUGCUAGAGCCAGUGUCCCCACAAUACCAACUCCUGCCCCUCGGACCGCAACCCCACAGAAGUGCAGCCCCCCCAAGGAACACAGCCUCCCCCAGAGCUGGCGUUGUCCCGGCCCUCGGGCCACCCAGAGCAGCUUGUCCACCACUGAGAGGCCGCCGACUCUCUCUGGCCACUCUAGGGCCUUGGCCCACAUCCUAAGCCACUGACUAUAGCCAGUCUCUUUUUUAUACAUGGAAAAAAAGUGUUUUUAUGUGAACUUUCUCACGGUUUGUAUGUAUUUUUGAUAUAGCCCUGGCACAGAGGAGAAAGAAGGGGGCCAUGGUAUCCCCAGCAGCCGCCCCAUGAUUGCUGGAUCUGAAAGCCUCGGUGGGUCCAGCUUGAUGUCUUUGCAGUUGCUCCUGCGGGAAGAAAUAUCCCUCUCUUCCUUCUCCUCUUCCAGCUUUUUAAAAAUAGUCCUCAGAGAGUCAUUAUACCCCCAGCUCUCUCCUUGUUCUCCACAAGGGGCCUUGGGCUUCCUUGGGCUUUCAUCAAGCCUGCUCCCCCUCCCCUAACGCACGGGGGCCUCCCUCUUAAACCUGGAAGGGAAGGAAGGCAGACGUUCCCCCAGAUGCGCCCCAGGCCUCUGCCUGCCACACCGAGUCCUCCUCACAGACGUCUUGUUCUCAAUGUUGUCAUCAAGUACCAUCGUAAUGGCCAGCUGUCAAGAGUCUAAGACAGUCUGUCUAAGGCACUUUAAGAUUACAGGUAUUUCGCGCAUGGAAUCCUAGUUGGAUAUUAAUCAUUCCCAUUUUGCAGUUGAAGAAACUGGGUCUCAGGAAAGUGAAGUGACUUGCCCAAGGCCCCUCAGCAGUAGAGUUGAAAUUCAGCCUGUAUCUUGAUGUUGGACUGUUUUGUCUUGCACUGUGCCCUCUGCUCCUCUCCCCUCUGCCUGUUUUCACUGAGGUGAAAAAAAGAAAUCCUUUCAAAUCAAAA